GGUGGACUUAGUUGUUAACGUCUUCUCUCUCUCACUCUCACUCUCUCUCUCUUUCUGCUUCCCAUCCCUUCCUUAAUCCCAUUUGCCAUUGUACGUGCCCAAUCGCCGUAUACUCUCCGCAUUUAACUUGGAUGACAUUUUUAUUUCAUCAUUAGCAUCUGGCGCCAGACUGACGCAGUUGCAUUGCUACAUUUUCCGAGAGGACAUUCACAGGACCUGGAUGCAAGAUUGAUGUUACUUUUUGGCGUAUUUCUUUAUAUUUGCCGUCAUUGCCGCUCAUGUUACAAUAUACUCAGCCUGUGAAAACGCUUUGAAAGUAUAACAAUAAAGGGACAAGAUAAGACAAACCAACAGCCGUAUCUCCUUCAGCACUACGUUUUUUUUUUUUUUUUAAGAUUUUAUUUUGCAAAGCGCAUUUGUGGUCUGAGGCAUUCGGACCACAAACAUUUAGCAGCAAUGCCCGAGACAGCGCAAGAGACCUGCACUCCGGCUAAAGAUUCUCCAUUUUUUAUUAAGAACUUGCUGAACUGCGAUAGCAAGCCCUCCAAGCCAAAGCCGGUGCUUGCGUCGUCGAAAGGAGCAUUGGAGGGUAGCUUUUCACUCUCUCAGGUCGGGGACUUAAGUUUUCCUCGCUUUGAGUUACCCACUCAGAGGUUCGGUCUGCCGGCGCACUACCUGGAGCGAGCCGCGGCGUGGUGGUACCCAUACACGCUCACGUCCAGCCAUCUACACCGGACUGACGUCCCAGAAAAAGCAAGUGCCAGGGACUCGUCUCCGGCCUCUGGCACAGACAGAGAUUCUCCUGACCUGGUGCUCAAAUCCGACACCGACGCCAAAGAGGAUGAAGAUAACAAAAGUGCUGACGAAAUCGUUCUGGAAGAGAGUGAUUCAGAGGAAGGAAAGAAAGAAAGCGGGAUGGAUGACUGGAGGAAAAGAGAGGACAGUCCGGAUAAGAAACCGUGCAGGAAAAAGAAAACACGCACCGUUUUCUCCAGGAGUCAAGUCUUCCAGCUGGAGUCCACCUUUGACAUGAAGCGGUACCUGAGCAGCUCGGAGCGAGCGGGCCUAGCGGCGUCGCUCCACCUCACAGAGACACAGGUAAAGAUCUGGUUCCAGAACAGAAGAAACAAGUGGAAGAGGCAGCUAGCAGCCGAACUGGAGGCUGCUAACUUGAGUCACGCAGCCGCUCAGAGGAUAGUGCGGGUGCCCAUUUUGUACCACGAGAACUCAGCCUCAGAGACGGGGAGUCCGGCGGGCAACGUGCCAGUCAGUCAGCCUCUACUCACCUUUCCCCACCCUGUUUACUACUCGCACCCUAUAGUUACCUCAGUACCGCUCCUCAGACCAGUUUGAAAACGAAGGUUUAUGUUUGUUUUUUAUUAUUAUUAUUAUUCUUUUAUUUUAUAUAUUUGCCAUGUAAUUUAAAUGUAAUAUUACUUAAUAUAACUAACGUUAUAAUCAUUAUUUUUGUAAGAAAAAUAAAUAAAAUUGAAUCUUUAAAUAUUAUGAGGCGACGUUUAAUUUCCAGUCAUUUGUAAAGUUAAUUAUUUUUUAAAUAUGUUCCACCAUUAUUAUUAUUAUUAUUAUUAUUAUUAUUAUUAUUAUUAUUAUUAUGGGGCUACACGUUGUUAGGUUAUGGAUAAGGAUGGUAACACAACAUCAAAUACACGGACAUUAGGCCUAACACCUGUUUUAGAAAACAAAUAUUUCUUUAUUAUUUUUAUAAAUUAAAAGUAAUUUCAUUAUUUCACGGCUAUGAAAUUCAGUUCGAAUGUGAAGGUCGGCAGGACAGCUUUAUGGCGGCCGGAUCUUUCCGUUUUGGCCGGAGUUGUUCAUUUAAAAUGACAUAUGUAAGUUACGGCAAUUUGCAAAACAGUGUAGGCUAUGUAUAACUUGCUUCGAUGUAUUGUUUAAUAAAUCGUACAUGAGUUUGUUUUGUAUAUUGUUAUCAAUGUUACUUUAAUAUUUGUGCAAUACUGUCCGCUAUGUCAACGCACUGUAAAGUAAAAGGAUCAUCUUACUGUACAUUAGCAUUCUUUCUUUAUUUCAAACGUUCUUUUUCUUUUAUUGUUUUAGGCCGAAUAAGAAUGCCGUAAGCCUAACAUAUCUACAUACUUUAGGCACGGACGUAAAGUUUAAGAUAAAAAUACACCCUUCACGCAUUUAAGCGCUUUAUAUGGGGGACAAUCACUGUUUAUUUUUUAUCAUGUUAUUAAUUUGAUACAUAAAUUAUAAUAAUACAUUUCUCAGUAUGACCCACUGGUCUCUCAUAAUUCACCGAUAUUAGAAAUUUACUUGAAGGCAAUCAUGGAUUAUGUAAUUUUUAAACUUUUUUUUAAAACUGAUAAGACAUUGUACAGAUGAAUAUGUAUAUAAUCUAAGUAAGGAGAUGAGCAAUACAGUUGCUAUUCUCCUU